CAACAAUUUUUAUCAUGGUCACCAGAAAAUAAAUAGAGAAGAAAGCGCUUGUCACUUUUUUCAGCAAAACCUUAACCUGAGAAAAUUUUGCUCUGCGGCUCAAACGAUGUUAGUGACAAAGUGACUGUUGAAUCAAAUCUCAUUUUGUUGUUGGCUUUAAUUUGUUCAAAUUUCCGAUCUCGACACAGUUUUAUUUCGUUUUAAGGAUCAUCACAACGAUCGAUUUUGUUUCUCGACCUUUGUUCGUCUGUUUCUCUGUUUGAAAAAAAAAAGAAGGGUUUUUAGGGUUUAAGCAAAAAUGUGAUCCGUGAUUUUGCUUGCUUUGUUGCAGAUUUCCGGUGAUGGGUUUCAGAUCGGUUUAUCAAUCUCUCACCGAGUUAUUUCCACAGAUUGAUCCAAAGAUUCUAAGAGGUGUUGCAAUUGAGCACCAACAUGAUGCUGAUGAAGCUGCUUCUCUUGUUAUUUCUGAGAUUUUUCCUUUCUCUUCCCCAAAUUCCACUCAACCCCGCAACAAGAACAAGACCAAGAUCUCUGAUAAUCCCCCUAACUUGAAAGAAGGUGACGAUGGGAGUUUGUCUCUGUCUCAAUGGCUUCAACCAUCUAAGCUUCCACAUAGUUACCUUGCUUUGCUCAACGAAGAAUCUACACCUGAUGUCAAACCUCCUCCCGAUUACGUCGUUGAGAAAGUGGUUCUGCCUAGUCGUGGCUCUGCAGCUGGUGUAGGAGGAGGAAUCCGAACCAUGUACUCUUCUGAUAACAUUGGUGGUUCUUCCUUGGUGAAACCUUCUAUUCGUGUACAAAGCCGCACCAACUAUGAGCUCUCUGGAAGCAGCAGUAAGGCUCAUGUGGGUAGACGAUCCUCUCGCAAGUCUGCGCAGCCAUGGUCCCCAGACUACUCUCAGAAGCUGAGAAGUUGGAAAAAACGGAACAACAACCGUGACUUCUCACAGCUCUUUGGCAAUGACAGAGAUGUACCCUCGAAGAAAUCCAACAAAAACAAGUACAGAUGUUAUACCAAUGAGCGUGAGCGCAGGCAGAGAAUUGACGAUAACAUCAAGGCAUUAGGGAAAUUGCUCCCACAUAAAGUUGAGGGGGAUAGCCCUGGAUUGACACUGAAUGCCAUUGUUGAUCAUGUUAAGCUACUGCAGCUACAGAUGAAGGAAUUAAGUCGAAGCAGGCUGGGAGAACCAGUAUCUCAUCCUAUGACAUUCAUUGAGGGAUACGGUCACUACAUACAUCACGAGCAGACGGUGACAAAAUCUCUGGAGGAAGUAAUGGAAGAUAUGCUUACAAAUGACUUGGAUGCUGCGGCUAACUUGUUGGAGAGCAAAGGACUAUACUUAAUGCCUUUGUCCUCAGUCCAAGGCUCCUGCUGAUGAGUAAUCAACACACAUGCCUCUUCUAAUCUGCAAAUCCCAAACACAUGGAAUCAAAAACAAAGUAAAAAACCUUUACACCAAUCUUAUGUUUAGUAUAACAACUAGGAGAUGGAAUCUUUUUGUCUAAUGAGAGUAUCAGAUAACUUCUUAUCAUGUGAUAUCUUGUGAUA